AUGUCUGAGUACAAGUUCUAUUCAUACAAUGCUCUCGCUACUGCUGUUAAGGGUGAAUUCAUAAAUGGAAAAAACGUGAACGUUAUAUUAAAUAAAAAGUUUGUGAAAGAAUCUAAAUACGGUCAGUUUGUUAAACCAUACGCUAUCAUUAUUGAUAGAAAACGUUACACACCACAUGAAAUAGCAGUAUUACUUAAACAGAAAGGAAUAUUUGUAAAUAUCAAAGAUACACACUAUACAAUAAUGAAGAACUCUAACGCUGAAUUUUUCAGCAUCGUUUUAGAUUUAUCGCAGCCGAAAGAAUAUAAAAAAGGAGAAAUGAUAACAAAAUAUUAUCCUUCAUCACUGAAGACGAUAACGAAUAAAAAUAUAAUCAAAAAGCUCCUACCAGUAAUUGAGGAAGCAACGAUUGAAUAUGAUGAAGAAGGUAGUGAAAUAGUUGAAGAAAUCGACCCUGAGGCUUUAUAA